AGGGAUCCUCACAUGUUCCGUAGUCACCACCCCGAACAACAAAAUUAAAAUAGCAUUGUUUAUAGCGUGAAUUGAAUAUUAAAUAUUAAAAGUGCAAAGUCCCAAGUCUAAAAACUCUUUUAGCUACAGCUUUCGUGUGUCUGUGACCCUCGCCUUGCUGGUCAAACCUCCUUCUUCCGGAGAGGAAAUGCUUUGACUCAUCACUGGCGGCUGUGGGAGCCUCGCUAAUGCUGGUGUUUCACUGAAGUAUUCAGCCUGAAAAACAACACUGACAGGAGUAACUGACGGGAGAAACCUGUACACGUUAUAUUGCGCAAUACGUGUUGUGUAUUUUGUUUCAGUUCUUCCAGGGCCUUCCUUUGCCCGAUGAACUGCAAUGAGCCUGGAACGACACAAGCGGAAAGAAGAUAUACAGAGGGCGCUGGCCUUCAUUCAGUCCUCGCUGCCUUACCCCGACCCGGAGGGAUACGAGGGCUUUCUGAUGCAGCUGGUGUGCAAUCUACUGGAUGAGGGCAACGCGGCAUUUCGAGAGGGCGACUGGAUACUUGCCCGGGGGCAUUUCAGCGAGGGCAUCAGCGUGGCACGGUACGGACAGGACGAAGACGUGGCGGUGCCCCCAGCGCUGCUGGAGAGUCUGUAUGUGAACCGGGCCGCAGCCCAACACUACAUGAGGGAGUUUGAAUCGGCGGUGAGAGACUGUGACAGCGCGUUGGGUGUGCGUAAGGACAGCGGCAGGGCAUUGUACAGGAAGGCUCUGUGUCUGAAGGAGCUUGGCCAACUGAAAGAGGCGUAUGAGUGUAUCACUGCCUGCCUGAUUGUCUCGCCUCAGGAUGAAAAAGUGAGUGAAAUGGCACAGGAGCUGGCCAGCAAACUAGAGCUGAAGACCCGCAAAGCUUACAUUGGCCUGCAGGAUAGACAGACAGCAGAUGCAGCCAGUGAAGACGGUCUGCCUUCUUUGGAGCAGAUCUCCAAUGGGCUGGAUAGCUUGUGUGACGUAGCAGUUGCCUUGCCUGACUGCGUAUCUCCUGUCCUGCCCGCCCCUGUCCCUGUGAGCGAUGCUUGUGAGGACCACAGGGUGUCCGGGGCGGUGCCUGAGAGCGCUGCAUCAGGCCCCCAGGAUGUGUCCCUGUCGGUGCCUGUCUCGGAGCCACUGGUGGAUUGCGAGCUGGUGGGGGAGGAGCUGGAUAGUCUUCUGGACUGCGUGUCAAAACAGGAGGAGCUUCUGCAGACACCCUCUAAGGGCAGUGUGGUCCCCACUCAUGUUCCUGCCGCUGGAGUGAUCGGUCUUGGCCCGUCAUUCCCGCCGCUCCUCCCUGCACCCUCCCCCCGCCUCCCUCCUGCGUUUUUCCCGUCGGCGGUGAGCCAGCUGAACACACUCGACUCCUUCACAGGACCAGAUCUGGACCCCUCUCUCUCCGGCAGGCCACUGGACGUGCUCGACUCCUUUGUCCCUUCAGAGGCCUUGCUGGAGGGUGGGACACCUCAGCAGCCCCCUCUAGUGGUAGGGGAGGGGCUGGACUCACUCUCAGAGUUCACCUUACCUGGUGGUAAAAUCUCCAAUAGUUUUCUUCCUGCAGUGAAGAUAAGAAACUACUCUGACUGCUUGAACUCUGCUAAUGGUCAAGUAGCAUCUGCCUUAUUCCAGCUGUCCAGGAAUCCUCUUGAACACACGCAUGACUUUACUCAAGCUUGUACUACUUGCUUUACACGCAUAGGUCCUGGAGUGCUGGACUGUGAGUACAGAGCUGAACUGGCUCAUAGCUGUAAGAAAGACAUUCUGCUGUGUAGGCGCAAAGGCGGAGAUAGUCCGCCCUGGAGGAGGGUUCGGCCCCGCCCAACUCGAAGUAACUUCCUUGGUGCCUAUGUAUUAUGCAAAGAGGUUUUAGAACGGCAGGACUGUAAAUAUGGUGAAGCCUGCACAUUUGCUUACUGUCAGGAAGAAAUUGAUGUCUGGACACAGGAGAGGCGGGGCUUAUUGACCAGAGAGCUGCUUUUCAACCCUCUCUCCACCAAUCAGAGACAGGCACUUAGUGUUAUCAAACUACUGAACAUGCACAAUGGCAUGUUCAUGUUCCUCUGUGAGAUGUGCUUUGACACCAAGCCUCGGAUCAUCAGUAAGCGUUGUAAGGAGAAUCCCUCCUUAUGCUCCAACAUGGUCACACAACAUCCAUUCGAAAGAAACAAGUGUCUGGUUCAUAUGGUGAAGAGCAGCAGUAUUUACUGCAGUAAGAUCCGUCCUCUGCGGCCGCUCUGUCUGUUCGAUGUGUGUCGACACGAGCUGCGAUAUGGCUGUCAGCGGGAGAGCAGUUGCUCCUUUGCUCACUCUCUCAUUGAGCUCCAGUGCUGGAUACUGGAAAAGGACCAUGGUAUCAGUCAUGAGGAGAUUGUGCAAGAGUCUAAGAAGCACUGGCACAAGCAGAGACCAGGUAACAUGCCCAUGUCCCAAACCAAUGGCACUGCAGCCAAAGGGGAGGGGUCGGGCAAAGGGGCGGAGCCAAACAGGAAGGCGGUACCUGUCCAAACAUCCGGAAGCGCUACAGCUGGAGCUGCGAGUGUGUCGGGCCAAGCCAUACACCUCCUGAUGAAGUUUGUUUGCGGCCAGUGCUGGAGGGAUGGGCUUGUGAGCGAAGCAGACAAGGCUCUGAAAUACUGCAGCGCCAAAGCUCGACACAGCUGGACUAAAGAUCGCAGGGUCCUUUUGGUGAGGUCUCCUGAGAGGGAGAAGUGGGUGGCAGUGCGACCUUUGCCCUUUGCCAAGACGUACCCGCAGCAGUAUGACAUCUGUGUGCACGUGCUCAAGCAGAAGAAAUGUCACUACAUCGGGAACUGCACCUUCGCCCACAACCCUGAGGAGAAGGAACUGUGGACCUACAUGAAGAACACGGGCUUGCGGGACUUGCAACAUGUCUAUGAUGUGUGGGUGACCACGGCUAAUCACAACAAGAGACUGGAUGGCAGUCCACUGCCCCAGCCAGUAGAGGAGAAGCAGAUUGCCAUGCCAACCGACUUUGCUGAACCUAUGGACGGCUUCCACUGCCGCCUGUGCGGGAAGCACAGUAACAGUGAGCGCCAGUGGCAGCAGCACAUCUCGUCUGAGCGCCACAAGGACCGCGUGCUGAGCGGGGCGGGCGAGGACGAGAGCCUGACGUGGACGCAGCGCUUCCCCGGACGCUGCUUCGCCCUCUGCCCCAGGUUGCCGGACAGCUGCACUGAGGGCCUGAGCUGUGACUUCGCCCACAGUGAGGUGGAGCUUCAGGAGUGGCGCGAGAGGCGGGACUUCCUGCGGAGGCGGCUGGACAAAGCUCGUGCUGACAUGCUAAUUGCGUCCACUGACUAUGACUUUGGGAAAUACAACUUCCUCCUGCACGACUGAGCACAUGGCCCUGUAUAUACACACAAACACACACACGUUGUUGUUGUUGUUGUUGUUGUUUUGACUCUCAAAUUGGCCCAGUUCUUGCUUUAAAUUGCCACGCAUGUAUUGCCAUACUCAGUUAUUCUUAUUUCCUAAUAGACAGAUGAUGUUUGUUUGUAUAAUAGAGAAAGACACACAAACACACUCUUUGCACACAUUUCCCCUGAGCUUCGCUAUGGCCCAUUCCUAGUGACGUUGCCUUGCUAGCAUCACCGGCUGCAGUGUGUGUGUGUGGGCGUCCUGCCCAGGCUCCUGCAGGCGUGUAGCUUUUCGGAGGAGUGUCCCACCUUCGCGUCCUCCCGCUCAGAACGCAGCUGCUGGUGACCUCAAAAGGCCACUCGUCCAUAACCCCAUUUGAGGCUGAAUGACCAGGGACAGCGGUCGCCUAUACACUGCUAAGCAUAUGCUAAGCUCAUGCCAUUGCACUACUUAGUUGUUAGUAACAAGCGUUCAGUCACCUUUGUACCCACGUGCUGACUCAUCAUAAAACAUAAUUCGGCAUAAAUGGAGGCCAGGUGAACCUCACCCUGUUUUUUUUUUGUUUUUUUUUCUUAUAAAAAGAGACCAAAUUUCAUUUGUGAAGGAGGCACACUGAAAACCAGCAAGUGUUGGUGCAUUAUAGUCACUUUAACCGCCUUAAACGUUUGAGUACUGCCCUUUACCCAGAAUGCACUGCCUGCAACAGAGUUGUUUACAGCAAGCGUUGGAUAUGGCCAAGGCCAGACCUGAAACAUACUGCGUCACUUUCAGGUGUCGCUGAACCGAGGAGGUGUUUUAAGAUGUCUUAAUACAGCAAGCUGUCAUGCUUAAAUUAGAAUUUUAUUUGUUUUUUAUUUUUUAAGUUAGCUGGUUUAGUGUGCCAACACAGUAUGUGUCAUUGUCUCAUACUCAGUUAGCUUGUGGUCCUUAGCUAAAAAAAAAAUGGGUUUAGUCCUGUUUAAAAAAAUGUAAAUAGUUAGAUUGAGAGUUUAAUAGAAAAGAUGACAUUUGACUAUGUCUAAAUGAAAAUGAACAAAGAAAAAAACAUGACUAGUGACAUCAUUGAGAGCAACCUGUCUGAACAGAGUAUAAAAUUGAUGUAGGAUUAAGAGGAUCAAAGAGCAGUUCUGUGCUAACAGUUAUUUUGUUACUCUAAGACUAAGGUUAAUCUGUAGUCAGGAAACCAUCUCUUAAUGUCUAGUGCUUGAAAGUGUUGGAUAAGUUUGCUCUUGGAUUAGUUUGUCUUGUAUUUGAAUUUGAAGUCUGAUUUUGAAGAUAAAACUGGAAAAGAAAAAUGUUCUGUUUUCCAAGGAGUAGAUUCCUUGGACUGUAAACCCAAGACAUUGUUUAGCCUUAGUCGGUUGUUUGAGACAAACCCAGUUGUUAAAGGUCAUCUUGUAGACAGACAGGAGAGCAUCAACAGCUGUGUGAUUCCUGGUGCACCCAAAUAAACGGGAUUUGGUUUUGGGGAUUUUUGGGUUGUCUUUGAUCUCUAAUUUCUAGUUCUAAUCCAAAUGCAUUGAGACUGGACAUAUACCCUUGGAAAAGCUUGAAUUUUACUUCCAAUUUUAAAUAAACUAUGCUUGCUGAUUUAUGCUAUAGGAUAUGCAGUGCCCCCUUAUCUCUUAACAGCCCAGAAAAUUUAGUUUGUCCCUUCAAAGCCUUUGCAAUGAAAACUGUAAUUAAUUUUAAUGGGACAUGGCGCAAGGGACAGAAAUCUCCCAAACCAAAACGGGCCCAAAACUGCAUAGCAAUUCAUUCAGGCUUCCCAGCAAUAAACACCCAGUGUGCCUUCUGGGAUGAUUGGUGUGGCUCUAGCCUAUUUCCUGUGCUGGAGCCAAGGACCAGGAGUGCUGUGUUUCUGCUCCUGCUGGAUCUGUACCAAUCCAGAUCAGCUUGAGUACCUGGGAGGAGUCUAGUAAACAUUACGUGCUUCCGAAACACGCUCGCGUUCCGUGGCUUUAUUUUUUAAGGCGCUAGACCUGAAAAUGUGAGAAGUCGCCAUUUCCCUGUUGCUUGGUGUCCUGUGAACUUGAAACUAAUAUUGGACUUCUGAGUGGAAGUCUGUUUGAGAUCUGCAAGAAUGGAGAGCUCAGCACUCAGCUGAACUCCGUCCAACCGUGACUGACCCAGAGGAACAUCAUCUCUUGGGUCCUAACAGGCUUGUUAUUUAGGCUACAGAGACUCCAGGGAGGGCCCGCAUGUAGAGCGAGCUCUGGUUAAUACUGCCUUUUGAGAUGCAUUCUUUUUUGUGCUGUGCGUAACUGUUAUGCCACUAGGUGGAUGGAUUGGCAGGUUGAGAGGAACGGAGGCAUCUCUGGCUACAAGUGUGCGCAACUGACAGGGAACAGUUGAGUUAAAACACACACUGGACGUCCAAUGCUGUGUUAUGUUCUUGUCCAUGCUUAUGCAAUUUUUAAUACUACGCCUUUAUUUUGUCACUUUAAUUAAAAGAAAGGUAAAGAAAUCAGUUAAAAUGUACCAUUACCGUCUAUAAAUAGAUGAUUGUAUUUUCGUUGUCGAUCAUAUUUUAAUUAUGUUGAUUUCCAUUGUAAAGGUUUUUGACAUCUUGGAAGUGUUUUGGACAACGUUAAACCCACUACCAUACUGACCUCUACCACACAGCUUCUGUCUACAAUGUGCUAAUGUUUAGACGAAGAACAUUUCCUGGUUAUGACUUGAGUGUGGCAGUGUAAAGGGUGGAAAGUUUAUUUUGUAUUUUUAGUUUUGCCCUCUGCAGUGUAAAUCUGUUUUAUAUACAAACAGCCAUGAACAAUGGACCAAAUAUUGCCAAUAAAUAUUUUUCUAAAAGUA